AUGGCAGCCGAACAGCAUUACGACACGAUCGUCGUCGGUGCAGGAAUCGCGGGACUCGCCUUUGCCUCCCGCCUGCUGCAGGCAAAUCACACAGCCAACGCCGCCAAUCGCCUGCGGGUUCUGGAGGCGCGGGACCGAAUCGGUGGCCGUAUAGCUUCUGUUCAUGUCCGGAACUGCCGUUUGGACACCGGCGCAAACUGGAUUCACGGAACCGGCAAUGCUGAGAACCCAAACCCACUGAUGGGCAUUGCUCCGCACAAGCGAUCCAGGGAGAUGAGAGGUUCUGUCCUUUUCCAAGCCCCCAGCAGAGAGCACUAUCUCAAGGGUAGAAACAUCGGUUCCACCGGAGAAUGUUUGGCGGGAGAUCUUCCAGACCCAGCAUCACACGCGGCAUGCCCUGCAACGGCAGUGGAAGAUGCAAAGUCCGCCGGCGGCUUAUCGAUUCCCGCCAACCUGGCUCGACUGAUCGUUUCCAGUCACCAGAACGCACUCGACACAGUACAGGAUCUUGCUGCUACAAUUUCGGCCAAAGAUGCAAAAGAAAUGUCUGCGCUGCGAGCGCUAGUGGAUUCAAUAGCAUUUCAAAGCUCAUUCGAGCUCGUGCCAAGAGAAUACCAUCACGAACUAGGUGCCUUAUUCCAAGGCAUGGAAAACAUGGAGGCUGCUCCGCUUGUUGCAGAGACCGCGGAACCUGGACGUCCCGAGAGCGAGCCUGGCCUCGGAUUGCUCGAGUUUGCGGUGGACAGUUUUGAUGGCGAGCAAGCCUUCCUCCAAGAUGGAUAUGGUGCGGUCGUCGACGAGCUCGCCAAGCCCAUUGUUGAGGCUGGCGCUCUAUCACUGGAGACGGUUGUCACGCGAGUCGACUGGACCGCGAACCCCAUCGUCAUUGAAACAAGUCAAGGGAACUUCACUGCAAGGGAAGUUGUGUGCACUUUGCCCCUCGGCGUGCUCAAAGACACCCGCAAAGACGCCAUGUUCACGCCAGAAUUACCACCAGAUAAGCAAGACGCGAUAGAACGCCUCGGCUUCGGCACGCUUGACAAGGUAUUUGCAGUCUACUCGAGGCCGUGGUGGAACGACGAACUUUACAGCUCCGCCCUCAAGAAUGGGCUCAUUGAAAUGCAUGGUCAGGACAAGAACGAGAUGCCUGACUCGUUCCUGGGUUUCACCUCCGAGUUGAGCGGCAUCUCCAUAGGCCAUGACGGCUCUGUCUCUCCCGAUGUGUACCGGCUGCCAGUUCUGAACCUUCACACCUUGACAGACCAGCCUGUGCUUUGCGCUUUUGUGUCUUGUAGGUCUGCCACCACAGUGGAAGGGAUGAAGGACGAGGAUGUUGGUGCACUGUUCCAUCGAACACUUACUCGGUGGUUCGGAACCGAGCCGCCAAGGCCGGAUGCCGUGCACGUCACGAGGUGGGCACAAGACCCUUACUCAAGGGGUGCUUACAGCCACAUGAUCACGGGCCUGUCCGACGCCAGCCACAAAGAGGCCCUCCAAGUGCCUUUAAUUAAUGAAGCCGGCGGCGUGCUGAGAUUUGCUGGCGAGCAUUGCUCUCGGGAUCAUUUUGCCAUGGUUCAUGGCGCUUUGCUGGAUGGUUGGAGGGCAGCUGAUGCCUCGCUGAGAGACUUUCAGGGACUCUGA